GUGUCAGCAUAUCAUGAGAAUAUUCCCUGGCAUAAAAAGGAUUUCUUGCACUUGCAAGUGUAUCAUAAAACUUUCUUGUCACUUCAAGAUCCAGCUCAACGUUGUUUAGAAGCUUUGACUUUUAUUGUUAGUUAUAACGAAGCAUCUGUCACGUAUUUCUUAAUGGAACAUGAAAACAAUAUCGGGCUUAAAAGAACGAAUAGUCGUAAGGGAAAAGAAAAACAAAAAUCUGUCACAAGCAAAUAUCCUGUAGUAAUAUUACUUAGCCUUUUAGAUAGACAAGUAUUCAUAAGAAAUACAUCUUUAAUGGAACAAUUAAUGACUCUACUUUCAUUUGUCUUACGACCAUUAUCAUCAAUUGCAAAAAAUAAUCAACCCAAUACCACCACCACAAAUACAUCCAACACUACCAAUAACAAUGUCAAUGGCAACCAACCAGUCUUUAAACCUGAAGAACAUCAAGAUUAUUUAUCUAGAUGUUUCUUGUUACAAUGUUUAACUGAAUUACUUUCGUCAUAUCCUUCAUGUAAAAUUAAUACAAAAUCGAAACCAUUCUUAUUAAAUCACCUUUUGAAUGAAUUCUUGCCUUAUGGCUGCAUCACACCUUCAACUGAUAUUGAAAUGCGUAAAAGAUAUGGUCAAUCUAAGUGGACUACUUACACAUUGGUAGCUUUAUGUUCUAGCAUCAAUAAUAAUAACAAUAAUAAUAAUGAAGCAGAUAAUAAAAAACUUGUACAACAACAACUACAUGAUUUAAUUCAAUGUAUUUAA